AUGUCUACUCCAGAAAAGAUUUUGAAACGUAAAAUGAACAAAAAAAUUAAAUGUAGAAAAGAAGCAGUGGAAAAAAAUAAACUGAGGCUUAAAGAAAGGAAUGAUGAAAAGAAAGAAAAAGUUAAUCUACCAGUCAGUGGUGCUGAAAAAAGGCCAAUGUCGGAAGAAAUUUCUGUUAAAAAAAAAAAGAAGAUGAAAAAUAAUGAUGAAACAAACGAUGAUGCCCCAGUUGAAGUUUCAAGUAAACAGAAAAAACUAAUUAAAGUUACAAAUGGUAACAAUUCUGAUUCAAAAGAUCACGAUGAUGAUAUUCAUGAUGAAAGUAGCAAUGACAAUAAAAAUAGUAGUGACAAUGAAGACAAUCAGUCAAAUGAUGAUGAUUCGAAUUUGAAAAAUCAUAAUAAUGAUGAAGGAGAUGAAAGUAAUGAAGAAGGUGAUGAUGAUGAUGAGGCAACAACGAACUGUAAGUUAUUAAAAUUUUUUUUUAAUUAGUAAUAAAGAAAUGACAUUAAAGUUAGCAGUCACUUGAUUAUUUGUUAUUUUUUUUUUGACAAAUAAAUUUGUUUCGAAAAAUUAUUUUCAAAAAAUUACAUUUUUAAGUUUUUUAAAUUUCUACAUGUCAAUUUUUUUUUAUAAUUUUUUUUGCCAUAAUUUAUUUGUCAAAAAAAUUCUUAAAAAUAUCAAAUAUCUACUAAAUUAAUAAUCAUAAUAAAGAAAUUAAUUUAUUUACUUAUUUCUCAAAUUACAGUACCUGGUUCUUCAGUUGGUUUCGAAGUAUCAAUGGACAGAUCGUUUGAUUCCCUAAAAGACAAAGUUUGUGAAAAUACUCUGAGAGCUAUAAAAGAUAUGGGCUUUGAAAAUAUGACCGAAAUUCAAGCGAAAGCAAUCCCUCCAUUGCUUGAAGGCCGCGAUCUUGUCGGGGCUGCUAAAACUGGCUCUGGAAAAACUUUGGCAUUUCUUGUUCCCGCUGUUGAGCUUAUAUAUAAAUUACAAUUCAUGCCACGAAGAGGCACUGGAUGCAUUAUUAUUUCGCCGACACGUGAGCUGGCAAUGCAAACAUUUGAAGUUCUGAAAGAGUUGAUGAAGUAUCAUCACCAUACUUAUGGUUUACUGAUGGGUGGUACUAGUAGGCAAGCCGAAGCGCAAAAACUUUCUAAAGGAAUAAAUAUCUUGGUAGUCACGCCCGGUAGAUUGAUAGAUCAUCUCCAAAACACUCCUGAUUUUCUUUAUAAAAACUUGCAGUGUCUUGUUAUUGAUGAAGCUGAUCGUAUUCUUGAUAUUGGUUUUGAGGAAGAUCUCAGACAAAUUAUCAAUUUAUUGCCAAAAAGAAGACAAACAAUGUUAUUCAGCGCAACUCAAACAAAAAAAACAGAGGCACUAACAGCCUUGGCAUUAAAAAAAGAACCGAUAUACAUUGGUGUGGAUGAUGACAAAGACCAAGCGACUGUUGAUGGUUUAGAGCAAGGUUACGUUUUAUGUCCCAGCGAAAGAAGAUUUCUUUUGCUAUUUACAUUCCUGAAAAAAAAUCGCACGAAGAAAAUAAUGGUCUUUUUUAGCUCUUGUAUGUCGGUUAAAUAUUACAGUGAAUUAUUAAACUAUAUUGAUUUACCCGUAAUGUGUAUUCACGGAAAACAAAAGCAAACGAAACGUACGGCUACGUUUUAUCAGUUUAGCAAUGCAUCGGAAGGAAUCCUUUUAUGUACUGACGUUGCUGCAAGAGGUCUUGAUAUUCCUUCAGUUGAUUGGAUCGUUCAGUACGAUCCUCCAGAUGAUCCCAAGGAAUAUAUCCAUCGAGUUGGUCGUACAGCGCGUGGUGAAGGCAGCAGUGGUCGUGCUCUCUUAAUUCUUCGUCCCGAAGAACUCGGCUUUCUUCGUUACCUCAAAAAGGCCCGUGUCACCGUAAACGAAUUUGAUUUCUCGUGGAAUAAAAUCGCAAAUAUUCAGCUCCAAUUGGAACAAAUAAUAGCAAAAAAUUAUCAUCUGAAUUCUUCGGCGAAAGAAGCAUUUAAAUCGUAUCUUAGAGCUUACGAUUCACAUCAUCUUAAACAGAUAUUCGACGUAGAAACACUGGAUGUCGGCCAAGUUGCCAAAUCAUUUGGAUUUACCACGCCGCCUAAAGUUGAUUUAAAAGUGGCAGUCAGUAAAGCAUCAAGACCACGGAAACGAAUGGGUGGCGGUGGAUAUGGAUAUCUGAAUAAUACGAACAAUUCUAAAGGCGGACGAGAAGUCCAAAAGACUAAAAUAUACCGUCAAGUAGGAAAUAAAAAUAAGAAUUCACAAAAAUUCUCAAAAUAA